AUGUGCUCCUGACUGUGACCAGCGGGGCUGCCUGCAGGUUGGGUAGUGUGCUCCGCAGGGGAAGCUAGCAUGAGUCCUCCUCACCUAUGCUGUGGUGGGCUUUUCAGUGAUGCAGCUGCCUUUAAGUUAAGCAGUGAUGGGGAGGGUAUCAUCUAGGAUGGGAUGGGACUUCUCCAUGGUGUGGCUUCUUUGGGGUCUCCAUGCUCUAUAAGUAACCUCUUGCCCUGAGGCUGAGGAAAGCGCAUCUGUGGAUGUAAUCCCAACAUCCGAGCUCCAUCUAAGUGACUACGGGAAGGUCAUCAACCAGGAUGGGACAGACGUCUGAUGGUGUACGGCUGCCUUUGCUCAUCCGUUGCUCCUGUAAGCCACCCCUCAUGCUGCACUAGCCUCUGUUGCCUGAGUAGGAACUCCAGAACUGACAGCAUUUCACAGCCCUCGUCACCGAGCAGGCCACCCAGGGUUCAGACGGCAGUGGAUACUGGGAAGACCCAAGACUCAGCAGUACAAGAAAAGAAGCCAACUGCCUAGCACAGCUUUCAGGUAUGUCUCACUGAAGAGAAGAACUGCUGUGAUGGAGCAGCCAUUAGAACCAGAAAAUGCACCUGACAUUGAGAAACAACAUUCCACAACAACAAAAACUUACAUUUUAUCUAAGUACUUGUUUACAUCUUCAUCCUUUUCAUAAUCCUUACAUAGCUGGGCAACCAGAGCCCCAUAGCUCAGGAUUCACAAGGUACGGAAAGGAAGAGUCUAGAAUCCUUUAAACAUAUAAGGAUGUUGGGCCACUUGACACAACCAGUUAAACCAGUAAGAGCCCAUAAAAUGUCCACAGCUGCUGGUGGCUGGCGAUCAGAAAGGGCCACAGGCUGAUCCAUGCCGGAGCCUCCCAGGAUGAGUCCCACUCUCCAGGACAUUGUGUCUUCUCUGCAGAGAAGCGGUACGUUUGUCAAUUCUUUGAUCGCGGCUUUGACUAUCUGUGGGCAACAACUCUUCUCUUCGUUCACGUUCAGCUGCCCCUGUCAAGUGGGGAAAAAUUUCUAUUACGGUUCAGCUUUUCUUGUGAUUCCUGCGUUGAUCCUUCUGAUUGCUGGCUACGCUCUGAGGAGCCAGGUGUGGUCGAUUUCCAGUGAAUACUGCUGCAGCUGUGCCCCUCGGCACCGGAGAGUCACCCCCCUGGAGCGCAGGCUGGCAUGCCUCAGGUUCCUGGGCAUCACCGGGAGGGCGCUUGUUGCUCCGCUCACGUGGCUGGCGGUGACCCUGCUAACAGGUACCUACUACGAGUGUGCAGCAAGUGAGUUUGUAUCUGUGGACCAGUACCCGAUGUUCAGUAACGUCACUGACAGCAAACGAGAAGAAAUCCUGGCUGGAUUCCCAUGCUACAAGGAAGCUCCUUCUGAUGUGGACCCAGUACGAGAGGAAGUAGCCCUUCUGCACAGAUACCAGUCGCAAAUGCUGGGAUGGAUUUUGAUCACCUUGACAACCAUCAUUGUCCUGGUCUCCUCCUGUCUGGCAAGGUGUUGCUCUCCCCUCACCUCUCUGCAGCAUCACUACUGGACCAACCACCUGCGUAAUGAGAGAGAGCUCUUCGAGCAGGCUGCAGAGGAGCACUCCCGCAUCCUCAUCAGGCAGCGCAUAAAGAAAUUGUUUGGCUUCUUUCCCGGCAGUACAGAUGUCAAACAUAUCCGUAUCCCUUCAUGUCAGGAUUGGAGAGAUAUUUCAGCCCCCAAUCUUCUGUGUGUUGGUGAUACCUCACAAGGUCCCUAUAGCUUCCUUGGAGACAAAGUAGUUGAGGAAAAUGAGGAAGACAGAUCAGAAGGUAUUGAAUUAAAAUCUUGAUCACCAAGCUUUUCACAAUUCAAGUUGCUAAAUAGAUAUUUGAUUUUAUGAUGAUGGAAUUUCCAUGCAAUAUCUUCCCCCUUUUCUCUAUUUGAUGCUUGUUUGCAGAAGUUCAUCCAAAAUGCUACUUCCAAAAUCAAUUUAUCUGAUAAUUGUCCCAAUGACUAUCUUUAUGAAGUUUGAUUAUGCGCUCGUAAUGCCUAUUGUAUUGUGUUGGUCUAUUUAAAAACAGCAUGUAAAUUUAAGUCAAGUCAAAAUAUGGAUCUUGUUUCUGUUACUUAGUAGCUAUGUGAAAAUUAAUAUUUCUGAGUGCCAUUUUGUCAUCUGCUUAUAAUAGCUACUUCACAGAGCUGUUAAGAAGAUUUAAUGUGAUAACAUAG